AAUAAACGUAACAGCCAGCACUUAUUGAAACAUAAUUUCAAGAUCCAUAAAAAAAAAGCCAAGUCACAAUUCGAAGAUAGAUAUCCAAGCCUCGAGUAAGAAACCAUGAAUCGCCCUACCUUCCCUAAGCCUCGUCCCAAGGGCAUCCUAAAGACACUAUCAGUCGACGUCAAGCUACCAUCCCCCAACAGAGUCACAUUCGGCAUCGCCCACGACGUGCAGACGGGGGAAGAGGUACCGCCGAGCCCACGGACGCACAAGGAGUUCUGCGCCGAGACUCGAGACGAGACGAUAAUGCUCCGGUUCGCGGGCCUCGGAGACAGCGCAAACAAGAUACUCGAAUAUAUCAAGACAAAGGAAGAGGCUCGACGGGUAAAGGGGCUGAUAAAGGCGCGCAAGAAGAUCCUUAAGAGAUGCGCGACGGAGGCGGCGGAGGCGGCGAAGACGAUGGCAGUGGCGGCGGAGGAACGCAGACUGAAGAAGGAGUGGGAUGCUAAGCUUGCCGAGUGGGAGGCUAGAGACGCCGAGAGGGAUGCUUGGCUUGCCGAGCGCAGGCGCAAGGAGGCGAAGCGUAGGGAUGAGGAGCUUUAUUAUCAGUUUAAGGCUAAGAAGUACGAUGUUAGGAUGGUGCUGUGUCUGCAGGCUAUUUAUGGCCUACUGUCACGGCUGGUUGUGGCCGUUUCAGGAACUUCCGUUUCAGGACCUUGCUGUUGGAGGUAA